AUGGAGGUGCGAUCGCUGGGCUUCGGGAACACUGCUGGAACUUUACACGCUUACGCCGACGCGCUGCCGUUUACAAGCCACAGCGAUGGACGCACAACACAUCCUUGCAGUAUCGCCGGAAGCGGUGGCCUACAUGCGUUCUCCGAUGACGAGACCAUGUUAGUCCUUUGCGUUCCUACUAAGCCAACCUGGUCUCUUUUGACAUUUGACCUGAAGGCAAAAUAUAUCACCGGUUCGAUGAGGAAGCUAUCUUACGCAAAUCUCCUGCGUGUCUUUUUAACGGACAUUGGAUCCCUUGAGUCGACCGAAUCCACAAGCAUUAGCAUGGAUUGGAUCGAAAGCGACACCUGGGUGGUUGAUAGCGAUCCCGUAAUCCAAGCUACGACCACAGGGCUGACGACGAACUUUCAAAACCAGCUGAAACUGUUUGAAAGCGCCCAGAAAACCCUCAGUAAACUCACGAGCUAUAAGUAUGACCCAGAAGUCGUUACAUCGCCUGAACAGCCUGUGAGUAGGACCACGACAUCGAUCACAUUUGACCCCACCAAAAACCGCACCUUCAUCCAUUGCUUCAUCUAUCGACCCUUACCCAACGUUGAGAAGCUACCGAAAUGGUCGCAAACAAUGACAAUGGAAGUGUACAGUGUCGGAGAUCCCAAUAGCGGGCGGUUGAAGGUCUACCAGGGCCCAGAUGUCGAAGUCGCUGCGGAAGGAUACCUCGCAAGUGCGCUGCACAAAGAUCGGCUCGCUUUCUCAUUUUCUUCUACGCACACAUACCAGGCCAGCUCUACCAUACUGUGUGUGUGGAACCUACACUAUGCGGAGCAUGAACAAGAUGAAAGCGAGCAUUGUCGUGGUUAUGUGGAACACAAGCUUUCUAAGCGCUACGUUUCAAACCUCGCCUUUUUCACCAAUGCGCGAUAUCUCUAUGGGAUCUCACAAAGAUUCGUCGUGUUUCAAUUUGAUGUCGAAGCAGGCGCGACACUCCAACGGAUACACUUCUCCAGCCUCAACUGUUCACACAUGUGUCUGACUCCCAGGGCUGAUGGUUUAGAUGUCGUUGGCCAAGCAAAAUCUGGUGUCUAUCAAGUCAGGUUGCCCACUGAAGCUAGAGCCAAGCUUAACGUCCGCCAAACUUUCGCAGGGCCACACAUACAGCAAAGGUACGACAAGAUUACUCUUCUGGGAGGAUCUGGAGAGAGUGGCAUUAUGGCUGUGGUAUUAACAAUGCAUAAUUGGAUUCGGAAGGAAGGAUCUACAGGUAGUAACACCUUAGAACCUAUUAUCUUAGUCUCCUCUGAAGGCGAUGUUGGGGAGUGGGAAGAGAAAGACUUAAUGUGGAGGCACGUAGUUUAA